AGCAGCAACUCCGCGGCUACACGGAACCGGGCGCGCGCACCCACGGUUUCCUCCCACCCAUGGCCAUGGCGGCCGUGCGCGUAGCCCCACGCCUCCGCUCGCUUCCCCUCCUGCUCCUCGGACCAGACGCCGCCGCCGCCCACCGCGGCUGCUCCUCCUGUGGCGGCAGCUUGGCCGCGGUAGCCCCUGCCCCCGUGCGCGGGAUGUCGUCUUCGUCGCCCUCCUCAGUCUCCCCCUCCCCGUACACGACGCUCGUGGGCCGCGUGAGCUGCGAGCGCGAGAUCAAGAAGAGUAAGUUCAUCGCCAUCGCCGCCCCCGUCCCCGACGAGCGCGCCGCCAUGUCCUUCCUCAACGAGGUCAGCGAUCCCCGUGCAACCCAUAAUUGUUGGGCAUAUAAGCUGGGAGAGCAAUUCCGUUACAAUGAUGAUGGUGAACCUUCGAGCACAGCUGGAAAGCCAAUAUACUCUGCCAUCAUUUCGUCUGGCAUUGAUAUGGUCAUGGUGGUGGUAAUCAGAUACUUUGGAGGCAUAAAAUUGGGAACUGGUGGGCUGGUACGAGCUUACGGUGGGGUUGCUUCUGAAUGCCUAAAAGAUGCUCCUACUUGUCUUGUGAAACCAAAGGCUCGUGUGGGUAUGGAAGUACCGUUUGAUCUCUUGGGCACAAUCUAUCAUCAGCUUCAACAUUACCAAGCUGAAGAUAUCAAACAGGACUAUGACACUGGGAAAGAUGGUACUGUUAUGGUCAUGUUCAAAUUGGAAUAUGAAAAAGUUGAGAAUCUUGGGAAUGCAGUAAAUUCAGCCUGCAGCCGGAAAAUAGAACUACUCCUAUAAGUGGAAGCUGGGGGAUAAGUGUGACAUGCAGGUUCAAUGUUUAGGUUGUGCACCUAGCACCUACUGCAGCCCCUUUUAAUCAGUGCACUACUACACCAGACAUAUUCAGCCAUUGGCUUAAGGACAAUUCUUAACAGCAACUUCAGACUGGAGUUCCCCAGCGUAAACAGCGAAACCAUGUCCUACUAAGAUUAUUGAUCCUCCAAAAAUUUAGAUAUAUUAGCUUCUCAUGCUGUCUACCAUCUAUUGUAAGUUACCAAUAAAUAUGUCUUAGUAUUACACUCUUGUAGCAUUGAUAUAUCGAAGGAAAUGUUAUGAUAAUAACUUCUCCAUGUUCUUUAUGACCAAAUUGACAUUAAUUUGGCUGGUUUUUUUGAUUCCUGUGU